UUAUUUGUCCCUGUUUAUUUGUCCAUUAAUACCUUCCCCGUCAUGUCGACUAUACUUGCAACGCAAGUUCGCAAACACACAUCAAAGCCAACGCGUGCGGCAGGCAGGUAUUGGAAGGGUAAAGCGCCGAAAGGAGCUGCCGAAUUUCCCUCGGAUUCUGAUGAAGACGAUGAAGAGCAGCGCGAGGUUCAGGAAGAGGGAGAUGUGCUCAUUGCUGGGGAGCAAGACAUUGUCGAGGAUGAUGAUGAUGAUGAGGAAACGACACUUCCCGUGAAGACAGGACAGGGUAGAGUGGCGAAGACGAUGAAUCUCACUCUAAAGGAUGUCAAUAUCUCGAAGGAAGGCAAGGUCAUUGUCGCGGGACGAGAAGAGUCUGGACGGACCAAACUAGAGGAGGAUAUUGCGUCGGAAGAGGAAGAGGAGGAAGCACCAGGUGAGGAAGAGGAGGAAGAGGAGGAGAGCGAGUCUAGCGAAUCUGAGGAAGAACUCUCAAAGCCAUUAUUCCGACCCGUUUUUGUUCCGAAACGAGGUCGAGCGACGAUUGCUGAGCGUGAUGCAAUCGCUGAAGAAGCCGAGGAAAUAGAGAAGCGCAAACAGGAAACUGCUGAAGAACGGAAGAAGCAGAGUCACGACUUGGUUGCAGAGAGCAUACGACGAGAAUUAUUGGAAAAGGAGAAGGAGGAACAAAUACCUGAUGUUGAUGAUUCGGACGGUCUGGAUCCCGCUGGGGAAUUUGAAGCUUGGCGGCUGCGAGAGCUUGGACGAAUCAAGAAGGAGAAGGAGGAAGAGCUUAGACGUGAAGAGGAAAGGGAAGAGAUUGAGCGGAGACGUGCCCUUCCAGAAGAACAACGUUUGAAGGAAGACCUUGAACGAGCCAACAAGUUACGGGAGGAGAAGCCUAAAGGCCAGCAGAAGUUCCUACAAAAGUACUGGCAUAAAGGUGCUUUCCACCAGGAUGAUGCAAUCCUUCAACGACGCGACUACACAGAAGCAACUGAAUCUACGGUGGAUGUUUCGAUGUUGCCCGAUGUCAUGCGAGUCAAAAACUUUGGUAAACGCAGUAGAACCAAGUAUACCCACCUUAUGGAUCAGGACACGACUCAGGGGAGCGGAGGUUUUGGAGGCUCAGGUUCGGUAAAAACGGGUGGUCGAUCCACAGAAGGAGGUGGUUGCUUCUUAUGCGGCGGUCCGCAUCUCAAGAAGGACUGUCCUCAAAAUACUCAAUUACCGCCAGGAGCCCGUAGUUCCUUGGCUUCUGGUGCUAACGCAGCCACCACUACAUCACGUGCAUGGGGUGAGCAAUCAUCGUGGCGAGACCGGCCCGAAGAUAGAGUUGAUCGUCGCCGCUCAAAUGAGGGGAAACCAAUGGCAAGGAGGGAGGACUACGCCGGUGAUAAUAGAGCACGGGAUAAAAAUCACGAUUACCACAAUUCUGGAACUAGUCGUCGAAGAUCACGGUCAAGGUCACCUUAUCGCACUCGUCCAGACUAUGAUAACAGACGGAGAGGGCCACCGGAAAGAGACCAUGACGGUUUCAGGGAGAAGAAGCGUCGUCUGGACUAAGCCUGUUACAUCUGUCUUCCUUUUCUACCUGAUAACUUGGCAUUUCGCCUCGUGUGUACUACAUAUUGAGUACUUGGUAGGAAAGGGUGCGCAGUAUCUACCAUAGUACUUCACGUGAUGGUUAUCGAUUUAUUAAUAUCUUUGAUCAGGAUCAA